UCGUGUGUGCCGCCUGUUUUCAUGAAUGAAACAUUCAGUAUUCAGUUCUGUGGCUUCUCUGUCAUGUGUCUCUAUAACAGCAAAGCCAGGAGAAUGUCCAAGCAAAAAGUUUGGUGCAGGAACGUGUGCCAAGUUGUGUAACUAUGACAGUGACUGUCCGAACAAUGAGAAAUGCUGCAGCAAUGGAUGUGGACAUCAGUGCAUGGCUCCAUUUGCAGUGAAGCCUGUACCCGAACCGCCAAAGCCUCCAGUGAAGCCUGAAGGUGAACAACAGAAGCCUGCAGUGAGGCCUGCAGCCGAACCACCGAAGCCCUCCGACGAACUGCCCGAGCCUUCCGACGAGCUACCGGAGCAUUCCGACGAAUUACCGGACUCUUCCGACGAGUUACCGGAGCCUUCCGAUGAGCUGCCUGCUGCCGAACCCGGAAGGCCUCCUGUGAAGCCUGCAGCUGAACCCGGAAAGCCUCCAGUGAAGCCUGUAGCCGAACCACCAAGGCCUUCCGACGAGCAGCCCGAGCCUUCGGACGAACUGCCCGAGCCCUCCGAACUACCGGAGCCUUCUGACGAACUGCCCGAGCCCCCUGCAGCCGAACCCGGACGGCCUCCUGUGAAGCCUGCAGCCGAACCCGGACGGCCUCCUGUGAAGCCUGCAGCCGAACCCGGAAGGCCUCCUGUGAAGCCUGCAGCCGAACCCGGAAGGCCUCCUGUGAAGCAUGCCGAACCCGCAAAGCCUCCAGUGUGUGCCGAAAACUGUCAAAGUCACCCUUCUGGCCAAUGUCCUGGCCAUAAAUGCAGAAACAGGGUUUUCCUUUGUAGUUUUGUGGACCUCACUGUCCGCCUCUGCCGAUUCACUAAUUCAGUGCAUCUUCCAGCAGAGUUGAUUGUGAGAUCGCAGGUCGAGAGGAUGACAGCUCAAGUGUGCUGCUUGUUUAGUGUGGUUUUAUUGUGUUUGUCUGCUUGUUUGAGUACAACACACGCUGGAGUCUUAGUGUCCGGUCAGUGUCCGGCUACGCUGACUGUCGUGCCGUCCCGUCGAGGAUGCACUUCUGAUCGAGACUGCUCUGGAGGACACAAAUGCUGUCAAUUUCACUGUGGGCGCUCGUGUGUGCCGCCUGUUUUCACAAAGCCAGGAGAAUGUCCAAGCAAAAAGUUUGGUGCAGGAACGUGUGCCAAGUUGUGUUACUAUGACAGUGACUGUCCGAACAAUGAGAAAUGCUGCAGCAAUGGAUGUGGACAUCAGUGCAUGGCUCCAUUUGCAGUGAGGCCUGCAGCCGAACCACCGAAGCCCUCCGACGAACUGCCCGAGCCUUCCGACGAGCUACCGGAGCCUUCCGACGAAUUACCGGAGUCUUCCGACGAGUUACCGGAGCCUUCCGAUGAGCUGCCUGCUGCCGAACCCGGAAGGCCUCCUGUGAAGCCUGCAGCUGAACCCGGAAAGCCUCCAGUGAAGCCUGUAGCCGAACCACCAAGGCCUUCCGACGAGCAGCCCGAGCCUUCGGACGAACUGCCCGAGCCCUCCGAACUACCGGAGCCUUCUGACGAACUGCCCGAGCCCCCUGCAGCCGAACCCGGACGGCCUCCUGUGAAGCCUGCAGCCGAACCCGGACGGCCUCCUGUGAAGCCUGCAGCCGAACCCGGACGGCCUCCUGUGAAGCCUGCAGCCGAACCCGGAAGGCCUCCUGUGAAGCCUGCAGCCGAACCCGGAAGGCCUCCUGUGAAGCCUGCAGCCGAACCCGGAAGGCCUCCUGUGAAGCCUGCAGCCGAACCCGGAAAGCCUCCAGUGAAGCCUGUAGCCGAACCACCAAGGCCUUCCGACGAGCAGCCCGAGCCUUCGGACGAACUGCCCGAGCCCUCCGAACUACCGGAGCCUUCUGACGAACUGCCCGAGCCCCCUGCAGCCGAACCCGGAAGGCCUCCUGUGAAGCCUGCAGCCGAACCCGGACGGCCUCCUGUGAAGCCUGCAGCCGAACCCGGACGGCCUCCUGUGAAGCCUGCAGCCGAACCCGGAAGGCCUCCUGUGAAGCCUGCAGCCGAACCCGGAAGGCCUCCUGUGAAGCCUGCAGCCGAAUGUCCGGCUACGCUGACUGUCGUGCCGUCCCGUCGAGGAUGCACUUCUGAUCGAGACUGCUCUGGAGGACACAAAUGCUGUCAAUUUCACUGUGGGCGCUCGUGUGUGCCGCCUGUUUUCACAAAGCCAGGAGAAUGUCCAAGCAAAAAGUUUGGUGCAGGAACGUGUGCCAAGUUGUGUUACUAUGACAGUGACUGUCCGAACAAUGAGAAAUGCUGCAGCAAUGGAUGUGGACAUCAGUGCAUGGCUCCAUUUGCAGUGAGGCCUGCAGCCGAACCACCGAAGCCCUCCGACGAACUGCCCGAGCCUUCCGACGAGCUACCGGAGCCUUCCGACGAAUUACCGGAGUCUUCCGACGAGUUACCGGAGCCUUCCGAUGAGCUGCCUGCUGCCGAACCCGGAAGGCCUCCUGUGAAGCCUGCAGCUGAACCCGGAAAGCCUCCAGUGAAGCCUGUAGCCGAACCACCAAGGCCUUCCGACGAGCAGCCCGAGCCUUCGGACGAACUGCCCGAGCCCUCCGAACUACCGGAGCCUUCUGACGAACUGCCCGAGCCCCCUGCAGCCGAACCCGGACGAUGCAGAAACAGGGUUUUCCUUUGUAGUUUUGUGGACCUCACUGUCCGCCUCUGCCGAUUCACUAAUUCAGUGCAUCUUCCAGCAGAGUUGAUUGUGAGAUCGCAGGUCGAGAGGAUGACAGCUCAAGUGUGCUGCUUGUUUAGUGUGGUUUUAUUGUGUUUGUCUGCUUGUUUGAGUACAACACACGCUGGAGUCUUAGUGUCCGGUCAGUGUCCGGCUACGCUGACUGUCGUGCCGUCCCGUCGAGGAUGCACUUCUGAUCGAGACUGCUCUGGAGGACACAAAUGCUGUCAAUUUCACUGUGGGCGCUCGUGUGUGCCGCCUGUUUUCACAAAGCCAGGAGAAUGUCCAAGCAAAAAGUUUGGUGCAGGAACGUGUGCCAAGUUGUGUUACUAUGACAGUGACUGUCCGAACAAUGAGAAAUGCUGCAGCAAUGGAUGUGGACAUCAGUGCAUGGCUCCAUUUGCAGUGAGGCCUGCAGCCGAACCACCGAAGCCCUCCGACGAACUGCCCGAGCCUUCCGACGAGCUACCGGAGCCUUCCGACGAAUUACCGGAGUCUUCCGACGAGUUACCGGAGCCUUCCGAUGAGCUGCCUGCUGCCGAACCCGGAAGGCCUCCUGUGAAGCCUGCAGCUGAACCCGGAAAGCCUCCAGUGAAGCCUGUAGCCGAACCACCAAGGCCUUCCGACGAGCAGCCCGAGCCUUCGGACGAACUGCCCGAGCCCUCCGAACUACCGGAGCCUUCUGACGAACUGCCCGAGCCCCCUGCAGCCGAACCCGGACGGCCUCCUGUGAAGCCUGCAGCCGAACCCGGACGGCCUCCUGUGAAGCCUGCAGCCGAACCCGGACGGCCUCCUGUGAAGCCUGCAGCCGAACCCGGAAGGCCUCCUGUGAAGCCUGCAGCCUUUUGUGGACCUCACUGUCCGCUCUGCCGAUUCACUAAUUCAGUGCAUCUUCCAGCAGAGUUGAUUGUGAGAUCGCAGGUCGAGAGGAUGACAGCUCAAGUGUGCUGCUUGUUUAGUGUGGUUUUAUUGUGUUUGUCUGCUUGUUUGAGUACAACACACGCUGGAGUCUUAGUGUCCGGUCAGUGUCCGGCUACGCUGACUGUCGUGCCGUCCCGUCGAGGAUGCACUUCUGAUCGAGACUGCUCUGGAGGACACAAAUGCUGUCAAUUUCACUGUGGGCGCUCGUGUGUGCCGCCUGUUUUCACAAAGCCAGGAGAAUGUCCAAGCAAAAAGUUUGGUGCAGGAACGUGUGCCAAGUUGUGUUACUAUGACAGUGACUGUCCGAACAAUGAGAAAUGCUGCAGCAAUGGAUGUGGACAUCAGUGCAUGGCUCCAUUUGCAGUGAGGCCUGCAGCCGAACCACCGAAGCCCUCCGACGAACUGCCCGAGCCUUCCGACGAGCUACCGGAGCCUUCCGACGAAUUACCGGAGUCUUCCGACGAGUUACCGGAGCCUUCCGAUGAGCUGCCUGCUGCCGAACCCGGAAGGCCUCCUGUGAAGCCUGCAGCCGAACCCGGAAGGCCUCCUGUGAAGCCUGCAGCCGAACCAGGAAGGCCUCCGACGAGCAGCCCGAGCCUUCGGACGAACUGCCCGAGCCCUCCGAACUACCGGAGCCUUCUGACGAACUGCCCGAGCCCCUGCAGCCGAACCCGGACGUGUCCGGCUACGCUGACUGUCGUGCCGUCCCGUCGAGGAUGCACUUCUGAUCGAGACUGCUCUGGAGGACACAAAUGCUGUCAAUUUCACUGUGGGCGCUCGUGUGUGCCGCCUGUUUUCACAAAGCCAGGAGAAUGUCCAAGCAAAAAGUUUGGUGCAGGAACGUGUGCCAAGUUGUGUUACUAUGACAGUGACUGUCCGAACAAUGAGAAAUGCUGCAGCAAUGGAUGUGGACAUCAGUGCAUGGCUCCAUUUGCAGUGAGGCCUGCAGCCGAACCACCGAAGCCCUCCGACGAACUGCCCGAGCCUUCCGACGAGCUACCGGAGCCUUCCGACGAAUUACCGGAGUCUUCCGACGAGUUACCGGAGCCUUCCGAUGAGCUGCCUGCUGCCGAACCCGGAAGGCCUCCUGUGAAGCCUGCAGCUGAACCCGGAAAGCCUCCAGUGAAGCCUGUAGCCGAACCACCAAGGCCUUCCGACGAGCAGCCCGAGCCUUCGGACGAACUGCCCGAGCCCUCCGAACUACCGGAGCCUUCUGACGAACUGCCCGAGCCCCCUGACAGCGGGAUGUUCGGGGAAGAGUUAUAG